UGUGUCCGCUCGCCGCGGCCGCCGCUGCGUUCCCCAGUCCUGGCCGCGGUCACCUGAGACCAGGCGGCCCCUAGCGCUAAGCCGGCCGCGGCUCCGAGAGGCCCUCCUCUCGCCUGCCAGAGCUCCGGCCUUGGCCGGCCUGGGAGCUUCGCAGUUGGCCACACCGGCCUUUUCCGCGCCGGUGACUGGCCUUAUUCGAAGGAGGAUUUCGGUGGACGUUAGGGGAUCGAGAGGGGUUCCUGUGAGAUACCGAAGUUUCCGUCCCCACAGCCCUGUCUUCGCUGAAAAGAGAUUGCGUCAGAGCCCCCGCACCCCAGAAAUGAAUCAGGCCUUCAGGCGUCUCGGGCGGCUGAAAUCUCUGCCGAGAGACGACACAUCCGACCGGAGAGCUCCUACUGCUCUAACUAGAACGUUAGGACAAAAAUCGCAAAACCUGGGGAAAUGGGCACAUCUUAGAGCUGCUGGGGCCAGUGGAAUUUUCUUACCCUCAUGGGUUUGCGGGGGACGCUUGGCCUGUUUGUCCAAAGCCUAGUGGAAAGAGGCUAGGGAGGUGCAGCUUGGAGAGACAGGAAAGGCACCCCAGGAGAGGGUGUGUGAAGGUAGCAGGAGCUGAUUAACUUUUUUCCUACAGUCUUGCUGGACUGCUUAGUCUAUGUCCUGCAAGGUGGACUUGAUUUUCAUUGUUUUUUCCGCUUUCCCUAACUCUGCUUUUCCAGGAAUCUAUCCUUCUUGAGAGGAGGAAAUGACCAAGUUCCAGGAAUGGUCAACUACUUAGUUUAGAAGAAGAAAGGACAUAUGAUUUAUAUGACUAGGGAAAAAAUUGAGAUCAGAAGUGUACUUUGGCUGAGAGGAAUAAAGAGGAAGGAUCAAAGGAUGGUGAUCUUAAUAAAGCAGAUGUCAUGGAGGAGGAAGAGGAGAAAAAAUAGGAAGAUGUUUUUAAGGAACCAGUAACCUUCAAGGAUGUCUCUGUGGAUUUCACCAAGGAGAAGUGGGGUUGCUGGACCCUGCUCAGAGGAAGCUGCACACAGCUGUGAUGCUGGAAAACUACAGUCACUUGGUCUCAGUGGUCUUAGGUUCACAGUAUGAUACUGGAGUGUACAUCCUCAGCUGACGCUCAACCCUUUUUGGUGCAUGUGUGUUCUACUUACAGGGGACACCUCUGCUGACUGGGCUUGGGAUGGAUCCAGUAAUAAGAAUCCAGAUGGAGACUUGAAUGAAAAUCCUGUGGAGAAUCAACAGAAAGGACUUAGGUUAUCUCUUACCUGAAUAGCUUUCCUCCUGGCAAAUUUUGGAAGAGAUGGCCAGUACAAUAACUGGGAGUCAGGAUUAAAUUGUGAAUCUUCAGUGUACAGGAACCCUGAACUAGAUCUUCCCCCUUGUCAAAAGUGGGGAGAAGCAUCUUCUCAUAUUUCCAGAAACAAAAACAGUUUGGUGACUCUUCAGAGUGAUGAUUUAAAAAACAUGGAAAGUGAAGAAUAUUUGUCUUUGAAAGUCCCAAGCCAAAUGGCCACACAGGACUCCUCAGUGACGUUCUGUAAGAAUGAGCCCCAAGAUCCUCAGGAAAGCAAAAGUCUGUUUGUAACUGAAGAAAGCACUGAGAGGAAAAUCUCAGAGGGCAAAAGUCCUCCCAUCAACCAUUGUUCAGAGAACCUUCAAAAUAAACUCGUGUCUGAUGUAAAAGAAGUGGUCUCGCCCUCAUUCAGAGGUGAGACAAUAUGCCAGAUUGGCCAGUCGAAAGAAUCCUUGGAUCCCUUUGACUGUAACCACAAGGACAUUUGUGGUUGGAAAUCAUGGGUGAUCAGUUGUAGUCAUCAGAGAGCUCAUACAGAGGAGAAGCCCUGUACCCAUUAUGACUGUGGGAAAAUACGUACCACCAGCCCAGGUAGUCACCCAGGUGAAAAAAUCCACACUGCCGAGAAACUAUACAGAUGUAGUCAGUGUGGUAGGGACUUCAGUGAGCGCUCAGAGCUAGUCCUUCAUCAGAGGGACCACACAGAAGAAAAGCCCUACAGAUGUGAUCAGUGCGGGAAGGGCUUCACGAGAAGCUCAAGUCUCCUCAUCCACCGCGAAGUCCACGCAGAUGAGAAGCCUUAUAAGUGCGACAAGUGUGGGAAGGGCUUCACGAGGAGUUCAAGUCUGCUCAUUCAUCACUCAGUCCACACAGGCGAGAAGCCUUACAAAUGUGACAAGUGCGGGAAGGGCUUUACUCAGAGCUCCAAACUGCACAUCCACCAGCGAGUGCACACUGGAGAGAAGCCCUAUGAGUGCGGGGAGUGUGGUAUGAGCUUCAGUCAGCGCUCCAACCUGCACAUCCACCAGCGCAUCCAUACGGGGGAGAGGCCCUACAAGUGUGGAGAGUGUGGGAAGGGCUUCAGUCAGAGUUCAAACCUUCACAUCCACCGGUGUUCACACACGGGGGAGAAGCCUUACCAGUGCUAUGAGUGCGGGAAGGGCUUCAGCCAGAGCUCAGACCUCCGCAUCCACCUCAGAGUCCACACUGGGGAGAAGCCCUAUCACUGCGGCAAAUGCGGGAAGGGAUUCAGCCAGAGCUCCAAACUCCUCAUCCACCAGAGAGUCCACACUGGAGAGAAGCCCUACGAGUGCAGCAAGUGUGGGAAGGGCUUCAGCCAGAGCUCCAACCUGCACAUCCACCAGCGGGUCCACAGGAAAGAUCCCCAUUAAAUGAGGUCUUCAAUCGCAUGCUUGUACUCUAAAGACUUAAAUAUUUUUAACAU